UUUGCUCAACUCCUCCUUUACAUCACUAGCUGCCUUUUCUAGGGCACUCAGCUCCACCUCCUGUGGUGCCACCCUGGGAAUUCCUUUUCCUAUCUGCAAACUGCCGGUAUCUUCUGCACUGCUAACUUCCUCUUCUGACUCUCCCCGUGGCUCUUCAGACUCAAUCUCCAACUCCGCUCCUAAAGGUACUGUAUCAGCCUGAGCUAAUUCUCUUGCCCUACUUCUAGUAGUUGGCCCUGCAGGUUUUUCUACCUCCGUCGGUUCCACCGUGCCAAUAGGGAUGGGAAUCAAUUCUUUAUCCUCCUCUGACACAUCUUCUCUCUUUUCUAAUUCUCUAAUUCUGUCCAACAGCUGACCACGAUCUGAUCUAGAGCCCUCCAGCGGUUUUAAGCUGGCAUCCAAAGUUUGCUGGGCUUCCCUGAGUAACCCUACUUUUUUAUUCAAUUUCUUUCCCAGCAAAUUUCAAGCCACAAGCAGGCAUUCAACAUCUCUUCCCUGUUUAGCCCUUUUUCUUUUUCAGCUCUGUUUCUACAUCAAAUACCUCACUUACAAAACCCCGUGGGUUACCAUGCUCAGAAAUCAUCUCGCUAUUUCUCAGCUGUUCUAAAUCUCCUCUAUGUUCCUGAAUAUAUUUUCUGGCAAAGUUUUCUAAAGCCAGACUGUGGGCAACUCCAACAGACUCCACUCUUGCCUUUACUCCACUCCUAACAAGAAAUAUAGAACUCAUUUCAAUUAUAUAACUUCACUAGCUUCUUCAAUCAACUAGAAUGAAUACUCUGUUGUUUUACUCUGAAACUGAAGGUGUCCCUUCACAGAAACAACAGGAAAUAACACCCCUAACCGGUUUCUACACUUCGUUCAAUAAGUCCCAAGUAAAUAAUAGAGGGAUGGGGGUAUGUUCCCUCUCUUCCCUCGAUGGCUCGUAGCUACUCGAGAGGUCUUUUCCCUCUGUCGGGACCUGCCAAAUACUGGGAAAUACUGAGGCAGAUGGAGAGUUAAGGGGACUGAGAUAAGGUAUCUUGAACUGUUCAAGUUCUGAACUAUUGCGGCCUUUUGGCAGCAAUUAAUACCUAGAUUUGUCAGCUCCCCCACCACCACUAGUCUGGGUCAUCAGAUCCAGUGCUACGGCUAAUGUCUUAUCGGUACCAUUCGUUAUAACUUCAACCUUUACAAAACCCCUUAGAUGCGCAUACCACUUUAACAAUAACACUAUUACUUAAAAGUAAUAUUAUAAAGCAAUAUUAUUUAAUCUUGCAGUAUUAUAUUCAAAAACCUUAAAAUUAAACUUCUAAGUCAAAACCACAAUACAAAACUGGAAAUACUGGGACUGCUGCCAAGCUGCAGUCACAGGAAAUUAGUUUUCUGUUUUCUUAAGAAAGAGUGGGUGAAACACACUAUUUGUAAGUCUCUGUAAUUUUAACCAUUUACUUAUGCCUCGGGUGAGAUUUCUAGAGAUCUAAGGAUGCCUGGAAUUCCUGUCACACACUCCUCGAGUCUCCUGGCUAGUUGAAGAUGAAGAGAUCUAGAAUAGAUGAUGAUUGAAGCUCUUUUAUAUGACCUAAGUGCCGGAAAUCCUUCCUCUUAUGCCCAAAUUUCAUUCCUCCCCCACAGAAAUGUUAGGCUACACUUACCCCAUAGGCUAAUAUGUAUGUGCGUAUCGAUGACAGGAUAUUGAGGUUGAGCUUCCUGGUUCAGACACUGCUGCCCCCAUUGUGAUCUGAGAGCCCAGGCUGAGCAGCUGCUGCUCCCCCAGCGGGAUCGGGGCUGGGGAGUGACCAUGAGUAAAGCUUCCUCUGCGUCCAGCCAAGGGUUUCCAGUUUCCAAACCUGAUGUCAUCUCCCAGCUGGAACGAGGGGAAGAGCCGUGGGCCCCAGCUCUCCAGGGCUCAGAGGAAAGCGAGAUCCUGCUAGGCAGCUGCAUGGCAGGUGAGGGGAUGGUGAGCGAGACCAUGGAGCAGAAUCCUCAGCAGGAAGAGGAGCAAGUGGAAGCGCAUGGAGCAUUGUUGCAAAGAUGCAAAGAGCAUGUGUCCAGGAGUUGUGAGCAGGGAAAAGGCUCUCAGGGGCAGCACAGGCCAGAGAAGUGGCAGGGAAACCAGCCAGCGCAGAAAGUUGGAAUAUCUGUUAAUUAUCGGGGAACUCACAAAGGCCUCAAGGAAACCACGGUGCAGCAGAGAAUCCUGACGGGAGAGAGAAAUAACACGGGCUUUGAGUGUGGGAAAAAGUUCAGGAGGCGCUCACACCAUCAGAGAAUCCACACCCGAGUGAGACCCCAUGAAUGCCGCGAGUGUGGGAAAACCUUCGCUUGGAGCUCAACCCUUAUUGCACAUCAGAGGAUCCACACCGGAGAGAAACCCUAUAAAUGCCGUGAGUGCGGGAAAACCUUCGCUCGGAGCUCACACCUUAUUGCACAUCAGAGGAGCCACACAGGAGAGAAACCCUAUAAAUGCUGUGAGUGCGGGAAAACCUUCGCUUGGAGCUCAUCCCUUAUUUGCCAUCAGAGGAUCCACACAGGAGAGAAACCUUAUGAAUGCUGUGAGUGUGGGAAAACCUUCCCUCACAGCUCAACCCUUGUUAUACAUCAGAGGAGCCACACAGGAGAGAAACCUUAUGAAUGCUGUGAGUGCGGGAAAACCUUCGCUCAGAGCUCAAGCCUUAUUGCACAUAGGAGGAGCCACACAGGAGAAAAACCCUAUGAAUGCCGUGAGUGCGGGAAAACCUUUGCUCAGAGGUCAGGCCUUGUUACACAUCAGAGGAGCCACACAGGAGAGAAACCCUAUAAAUGCCGUGAGUGCGAGAAAACCUUCGCUCAGAGCUCGCACCUUACUGCACAUCAGAGGAUCCACACAGGAGAGAAACCCUAUAAAUGCUGUGAGUGUGGGAAAACCUUCCAUCACAACUCUUCUCUUAUUUAUCACCAGAGAAGCUGCAAGGGAGAUAAACACCAUGAAAAUCUUGUCUAGGGUCUCAGAAAAGAUUGUUUUUUCCUUUUGCUAAUUCCCAGGUAGUGAACUUUAAGGCAGCAUUUGUGGCAUCUCAGCUCCUUCAGGUGAGUUGUCUGCUUUUCUCUUUUGCAGCUCACCUUUCCUUGGAGUGAAGCCCACAGUGUUUUUCAUCAACUCCUUUGUUCUGUGUCAUGGAAGUGUGUGUCCCUCCAACAGGAAUGUCCGUCAGCCCCAGGUGGGGGAACGAGGAGUGACCUUUACUCGGUACAUGGAGGUUAAAUCUACCUGGGCCUUGACUCCACUAGGGUUUUCCAUGGAGUUAGCUAGAUUGAGUUAACGAUCCUGAUAUAAAAACACAACUAUUUUUUUCAAUAAAGAAAAUAGCCCAUAGAGCUGCCAGGGUAAUGUAGCAAAUUUCCUCACCACCGGAUAUAACCUCCAUCACUUUUCCUAGUCUAACCAAAUUUGGAGCAUCAUGUUUAUACUUUUCCUUCCACUGCACAGUGAUUGUUAGUCACCAGGACAGAUUGCCUCAUUCCCAGUUGUUCCCACGUUGCACUGGGUUCUGCUGAAUAGCAGUUGGGUUUUGUACCACUUUCCUCCUAAGAACAUAAGAAUGGCCGUACUGGGUCAGACCAAAGGUCCAUCCAGCCCAGUAUCCUGUCUGCUGACAGUGGCCAAUGCCAGGUGCCUCAGAGGGAGUGAACCUAACAGGCAAUGAUC